GCGUAACAUAGAGCAGCAUUUCUACUUACUCAGAAAAAGAAGUAUAUCUCAGCGAUGGCAAGAACCAAGCAGACCGCUCGUAAAUCCACCGGUGGUAAAGCCCCGAGGAAGCAGCUCGCUACUAAAGCCGCUCGGAAGAGCGCCCCAGCCACCGGCGGCGUCAAGAAGCCCCACCGUUACAGGCCCGGGACCGUGGCUCUCCGAGAGAUCCGCCGCUAUCAGAAGUCCACCGAGCUGCUGAUCCGCAAACUGCCUUUCCAGCGUCUGGUGCGAGAGAUCGCUCAGGAUUUCAAGACGGACCUGCGCUUCCAGAGCUCCGCUGUCAUGGCCCUGCAGGAGUCCAGCGAGGCUUAUCUGGUCGGCCUGUUCGAGGACACCAACCUGUGCGCCAUCCACGCCAAGAGAGUCACCAUCAUGCCCAAAGACAUCCAGCUGGCCCGCCGCAUCCGCGGAGAGCGCGCUUAAACCCGCCGCUGCCAAACACCCCAAAGGCUCUUUUAAGAGCCACCUACAUCACUCUGAAUGAGACCGUUUCCAUUUUAACUCCUUACAUGAAGCAUCGAAAAUAACAAUACCUUAACAUCUGAAGAAUAUUCUGCUUCGCAUUAAACUUUACGUGUUUGAA